GGGAAUGGUUUCGGUUCCUUCUUUCCGGCGUGGAGUUUCUCCAUAAACGAGGGGUUGUCCAUAAUGACAUCAAGCCGGCCAACAUACUUCUGUCCUCCAAGAACAUUCCUGUCCUGGUCGACUUUGGCUUCGCAGAGAAGUACGAUGUGAAAUCCAAGAUGGCAUUCCAUAGCAAUCUGUCGUAUGGUACGCCAGAGUAUCUCUCGCCUGAACGCGCACGAGGACUCCCGCACGACACACGAAAGUCCGAUGUCUGGUCCCUCGGCAUCACUUUCUUUGAAAUCAUUGUCGGGAGGACACCCUUCGAGCAUUCGGACUCUGAGCAGUUCUCGACAAAGGAGGAUCUGGAGAAGUAUUGGGCCCGUACACUGCGAGGUAAAUGGAUUGGGUCGUGGAAGAUGUCCAAAGGCAUGGAGCGACUGCUACGCAAGAUGAUCUCGCCCAAUGCGGAUUUGCGCUGCACCACUUCUGAUGCGAUGGACG